GGCAUCGCCGCGUGCCGGCCCACCACCACCCCCCUCUCCCAGUCCCCCUGUCUCCCAUCUCACGCUCACCCAGUCACCCACCACCGCGCGCCCCCCUCCAAAUCUCAGCGCCGCUCCAGAUCCAGGAUGUCCUCCUCCUCCGACCAGGACGACGGCCCCGACGGCGGCGAGGACUCGCCCCUCUUCCGCCGCCGCGCCGGGGGGCCCUCACCCGGCGCCGGCGGCGUCGCCGACGUCCCCGUCGCGCAGUCGCUCAUCAAGGCGGCCAGCAACGUUUGCUUCUCCCUCUUCGUGCUCGCCGUCCUCGUCGUCACCGUCGUCGCCGUCACCUACCAGCCGCCGGACCCCUGGCUCCAGUCCUCCGCCGCCAUCACCACCUCGCUCUCCCGCGUCCUCCCCAACUCCACCUUCCUCGUCCCCGACGACUCGCUCCUCCCCACCGGCGAGGACUUCAACUCCUCCGCCGCCAUCCCCCCGCGGGCGCGCGCCGAGGCCAACCAGGACGACGCGUCCGCGGCCGUUGCCGCCGCAUCCGCCGCCGCCGCCGCCAACGCGACCUGCGACCCGAACGCGCCUCUCAACUGCUCCGACCCGCGGGUGCUCGCCGCUGUCAAGGCGUUCAACGCCAAGGCCUUCUUCCGUAAGUCCAUCGUGUUCCUCAGCUACGAGGCGCCGGUGGCCGGUCCCAAGCCCGGGCAGUGCGACGUCGCGUGGCGGUUCCGGAACCGCCGGGAGAAGUCCUGGCGCCGGUACAGGGACUACCGCCGCUUCAGCCUCACCUCGGGUGAUGGGUGCGCUCUUGACAUCGUUAAAGUCGGCAAGUUCCGUUCGGGGACGAAUGCAGCUCGCCAUCUGAAGGGACCGAAGAACUCCCGUGUCGUGGCGCCGCCAGUGGAUGCAGAGAUCAACGACACAAUCCCGGUGGUUGGAUCGGAAGCAGAGUUCAAGAAGGGAAAGUACUUGUACUACAUGAGAGGUGGUGACCACUGCAAGAGCAUGAACCAGUUCAUCUGGAGCUUCUUGUGCGGGCUUGGAGAAGCCAAGUUCCUGAACCGGACGUUCGUGAUGGAUCUGAAUAUGUGUUUAUCUGGGGCGCAUACGGUGGAUGGGAAGGAUGUGGAUGGCAAAGAUUUCAGGUAUUAUUUUGAUUUUGAGCAUUUGAAGGAGAGUGUGUCUGUGGUGGAGGAAGGGGACUUUCUGAAGGACUGGAAACGCUGGGAUAAGAAGAAGGGUCCAGGCCGGAUCACAGUGCGCAAGGUGCCGUCGUACAAAGUGACACCAAUGCAGCUUAAGAGGGACAAGAGCAAUAUUAUUUGGAGGCAAUUUGUCGGGCAGGAGCCUGCGAAUUACUGGUACAGGGUCUGCGAAGGGAGAGCUGCCAAGGUCAUCCAAAGGCCAUGGUACGCUAUUUGGAAGUCCAAGAGGCUGAUGAACAUCGUAACAGAGAUUGCGGGCAGGAUGGACUGGGAUUAUGAUGGUCUGCAUGUGGUCCGAGGGUGGAAGGCGCAGAACAAGCAAAUGUACCCAAACUUGGAUGCUGACACAUCACCUGAUGCGAUCGUGAAUAAGGUGACCAAGCUUGUUAAGCCAAUGAGAAAUCUCUACAUUGCAACUAAUGAGCCAUUCUAUAACUACUUUGACAAGCUGAGGUCACACUUCCAUGUGCAUUUGCUUGAUGAUUACAAGCAGCUCUGGUCAAACACUAGUGAAUGGUACAAUGAGACGACAGUGCUUAGUGGGGGUAAGCCAGUGCCGUUCGAUGAGUACAUGAGGGUGAUUGUAGACACUGAGGUAUUUUACAGAUCAAAAACACAAGUUGAGACGUUCAACAACUUGACGAGGGAUUGCAAAGAUGGAAUCAACACGUGCAACUUGUGACACAUGAGUUCAUGUUUUGAUAAUUUCUUGGUGUUCAUAUACUCUUCCAGUGGCUGGCACAUUAAAAUUUGGAGGAACUUCAUCCAGGGUUUGUCUUUUGGCAUACCAUCUUAAUGUAUUUCCUGUCAUGGAAUGUUUAAUUGGUUACAUGUUCAUCUGAGUUGUGUGCCCUCCAUUCUAAUUUUAUGUAGUUUAUGUAUUACUCUUCCAGUGUUCAAAGUUCAAAAGUACGCAGUGAGCCA